GCAUUAUGGUCUUUUUGGGUACAAUGAAUGUGUAUAUUAGUUCCCUUCGUUUUCGCUUGUUCACGCGUUGCCUUUCAGCAAUCGAAUUUGAUUGGGAUUUUUUCAUCUCUUUUUCUCUCAAGCUGAGGCUGAAGGUUGUAGUUGACGAUGGCUGUUCUCGACAAGGAUCCAAGGGAGGAAGUGAUUCAGGCAUGGUAUAUGGAUGAUAGUGAUGAAGACCAGAGGCUUCCUCAUCACCUUGAACCAAAGCAAUAUGUAUCCUUACAGCAACUUGACGAACUUGGAGUUCUGAGCUGGAGGCUAGAUGCUGACAUAUAUGAAACAGAUGAGGAAUUGAAGAAGAUACGCCAUGAUCGUAAUUACUCCUACAUGGACUUCUGUGAGGUCUGCCCAGAAAAGCUUCCUAAUUAUGAAGAGAAGAUUAAAAACUUUUACGAGGAACACCUUCACACUGAUGAGGAGAUCCGUUAUUGUGUGGCUGGAAGUGGUUAUUUUGAUGUUAGAGAUCUGAAUGACAAAUGGAUUCGCAUUUGGGUAAAGAAGGGAGCAAUGAUUGUCUUGCCUGCUGGAAUUUAUCAUCGCUUUACUCUCGAUUCUGACAAUUACAUCAAGGCUAUGCGUCUGUUUGUUGGUGAUCCUGUCUGGACUCCUCACAACCGUCCCAAUGAUCAUCUUCCAGCAAGGAAGGAGUAUCUCAAAAGUUUUGUGGAGAAGGAAGCUGGUAUUCAAACCGUCAAUGCUGCAGCUUGAAACCUGCCUACUUGAGCUUCCAGAGUUUGAAAUCGAGUCUCGGGGUAUCAAAACAUGUUACUAUUUGUAUGGUUUGGAUGCAUGUCCUUUCUCGGGUAUUGUGUGGCUUGUCAUGCUUUGCUAUGCCUCAGCCUAUGCAAAAACUCAUGUAUUUCUAUUCGGUGUCUUUCAUGUGGUCUCUAAAAUAAUGUAAUUUUAGCGUAUGGUAUAGAUUGAAUAAACAUUAUACUUAUCAGCAGUCAUUGUGCAUAUGUCAACCGACUUUCAUGUUGCCUGAGUUCCUCACAAAUUUUACGGAAUAAAUUGUACUGUGGUGGUAUUGUAGGACAA